AUGUCAGACACUCGGACCUGUUCGCGACCCAUUCAAAGCUGUUUCCAAUGUCGAAAACGCAAGAUUAAAUGUAACAGAGAGUACCCUUGCGCCCCAUGUAUUCUACGGGGAGAGAGCGAGGUAUGCCGUGAAGUCGAUCGUAGUGCAGGCAGUUCUGGAAAAACGACGAUAGAGACCCUCGAUGACGUUCUUAACCGCGUCGCUGUUCUCGAGAAAAUCGUUUCGAGGCUCUCCAAAUUUCUACCUCCAGACUUGUUGCUCUCCCUGACAUCUUCUAUUGCCAAACCAGUGGAUAGAUGCAAUACGGUUAAGAAACUAUCAACACCCCUUACUCCUCAUGUCGGUAAAUCAUCCCCCGGUCGCUUGCCAACACCGGAAGGGGGGAAUCCUUCUGGUGUUCGUUUCCUUUGUGGAUCAGCAUCAUCCGACGAGGAAAUAGCUAUGAUGUUAGAGGACUUUGCAAUGGGGAAUCGUAUCAAUCGUCACAGAGCUUCACUGGAAUUACUUUUAUCGACACAACCAUCAGCAUCUAUGGCUCUGGAUUAUCCUUGGCCAGCCACCGCCACAACGAACUUGUGCGAGCAUGGGUUCCAGUCCCACCCGACGGGACCGCUUUCAGUAUUGAUAGACCCCUCUACAAACGUCAUGCAAAGAUUGGUCUCGAUGCUUCCUGAUGAGCCACAAAGUCGGGAGCUUAUUCAGUUUUAUUUCGACCGAAUAGAGUGGUACACGAAGAUCUUCCACUACCCCUCUUUCAUGGCAGAGGCAAACGAGCUUUUCCAGCAGAUCAAUCAAGGUUCUUAUCUCGGCAGCGACAAUUAUGAGGAAAACGAUGUGUGGUCUGUCGGCCACAUAUCCAUUUCUUUCUUGUCAACUCUGUUUAUGGUCAUUUGCCUUGCGCUACACCUUAUAGAGCCCGAGAUCUGCCAAAGGCUUAACAUUGGGAUAGAAGAGGCUGCAGCGCUAGCUCAAACGAUGUACUCUGCUGCUCAGGCGUCCCUAUGGGUAGACAAUUUUUGGUCAAAUCAUAGUUUGGAAGCUGUCCAGUGUCUCCUGUUAAUGGGUGUAUAUCAUAAGAAUUUGGACGAUGCGGACUCGCAUUGGGCUCUGUUAGGAUCUGCAAUAAAGAUCGCACAGAAUCUCGGUUUGGCUCGCCUCGGAUCUGAAAACGAGAAUCGAGUUUAUACUGGCCCUUGGAAGUCUAUCGUUAGGAGAGAAAUCGGUCGGCGCGUUUGGUGGAAUCUGAUUUUCAACGACUGGUCACACGCUGCCGCCCACAACGGUGUUUACUCUAUCCAUCCUACUCAAAACUUGACGGGAAUGCCUGCCAACGUAAACGAUGCGGAUUUAGUCGAUGGGCGGGAGGUCCCGGGCCCUGAAAACUAUCAUCAUUAUACGGAGAUGACCUUUUCUCUCACGCGCUUCCAGUUCGUCGAAAUCCACCGAGAGAUCAUCGACAAUAAUAACACGAAUGCGAAUGCGAUGCCAGUGGGAAUUUCAAAUUCAAGUUCAAAUUCAACACGGGCACCCGGCUACGGUUUUGUUACCGAAACUGAUGCAAAGCUUCAAGACAUGUUGGAUCGCAUUCCCAGUCGGUUCCAACAUACCGAACAGAGCCUACUUUAUCACCCGAUUAAACAGGAAACGAUGGGAGUUCGGGAGAUGGAGACUUUGAUGGCUCUAAUUAUGGGAGAAACUAGACGAAUGCGGCUUCAUCGACCGUAUUUGUAUAGGGGAUAUGUGGAUCGUAAAUAUGCGGGGUCUACGGAACAGUGUAUUGAUUCGGCAAGAGCGGUUUUACACUAUCUCAAGUCAACUCCAGAACAAUCGGCCAUCUUUUUGAAAUGGUGGUUAGUUAUGUUCUAUGGAUUCGGAGCGGCGGUUGUACUCUUUAUCGACCUAUGUCAUCUGAGGUCCGAGAAUCCAGCUGCUGUAGAGUCGAGGAAAGUCGAGUUACAGGAGGCGCUCAACCUAUUCAAGAUGACACAGAACGCGUCUACAGUCUCUCAAAAUGCUAUCGCUCUUCUGGAGGAAAUGCUUGUUGUUAGUGAGCCUCGAACUUUGAAUACUAGAAAACGUGCGUCCGAAGGGAAUGACUCUAUGGAAAGGAUUGCCAAACGGACAAUGGUGGAGAGCCAUAUUUCCGGUUCGAGUAGCAUGACGGCUUCUUCUAUAGAGAAUCAUCAAGGGACAGUCGGGACGUGCGAUAUCAGCUCAAAAACCGAUUGUCGGCCUUCUUACGAUCACAUCCAAGCCCAGGCUGUAGCGGCGGGAAGGGUAUACACGCAGUCACUUCCUCCACAUUCGCAACCUUAUCCGGAUCUUCAUUCUGCUGCUCAAUGGUACCAGAGCCCAGUAUCACCUACUUCAAACGAAUGGAACGCUCUGGAGGUAGAGCAAGCCUCUCAAGGGAUGUUCUUUGGGCCAGAGUUUGAUGAAGCGGCUAUCAACGAAUUAGGUCAGUUGCUUUGGACGGUAGAACCGUCCAGCGGCACGCCGGGAGUUCGACGUCAACUUCAGAACCCCAAAAUGGGCCCUCUCGCUGACGCGGCGACUGCGACGUGGGUGUAUCAUAAUCAGAACACAUAUUGA